AUGCGUUUCCAUAGGGUGUAUUGUUUCAGUGACUUUAACAUAUUACCCGGUUACAUUGAUUUUACGGUUUCUUCGGUCGAUCUAACAACCAAUUUAACGCGUGGUAUCACCAUCAAAACGCCACUUGUAUCAUCGCCAAUGGAUACGGUCACCGAAAGCGAAAUGGCAAUCGCUAUGGCCCUCCAUGGCGGCAUUGGUAUCAUUCAUGCGAACUUCGCAACACUGGACGAGCAGAUUAAGGAGGUCACGAAAGUGAAGCGUUACAAACAAGGAUUUAUAACGCAUCCUCAGUGCGUAAAGGACACCGACGUGGUAUUGGAUCUGAUGCGCAUCAAACAGAAGUAUGGUUUCACUGGAACACCUGUUACAUCAACUGGUCGCGUUGGUGGAAAACUGCUCGGUAUGCCCUGGGUAUUCCCUGUGCACACAUAG